GCUUCCGGCAGCGCAGCGAUUAGAUCCAGUGAGCUCGACAGUUCACUCCUCUGCCAGUCUGUCUGUUAGGUUUACUCAGGGUUCAGCACACCGCAUUUCUGUAAAGAGUCCAUGCAUGGUUUGACUUGAAGGGGGCAGUAGUGAGUAUUGAAGACUCCGGCCAGUAGUCCAGCAGAGGAAGAGACGCAAGACACGUGAUGACUUUGGUGUGAUAUUGAUGGAAGGAAGCUGUAGCCGAAAUGAACACGUUACGAACAACAUUUUUGUGCUUUUCGGGGGCACGGAGUUUGUGUCGGAGUAAUGGCCCUCACUCUACCGUAUUCAGCUGCAGUCACCUAUGCUCGAUCAGUUCCUUGGUUCUGUCAAGGACAGGAACUGAGCAGAAACCUGUCCUGCAAGGAACCCUGACCACCAAAGCAGAGGGAGCUUGUGUUUUCCAGCAGCCACUCUGGCACUAUCAACAAGUCCGCACAGUCAAACGUGGGACAGAAUAUCAACCGAAGAACAUCAAACGAAAGAGGACCCAUGGGUGGAUCAAAAGAAUUAGCACUCCAGGUGGGAUCGAAGUAAUCCUGCGCCGAAUGCUCAAAGGACGAAAGUCCCUCACGCAUUGAGACUCUUGACUGGACAGUGACUUUGAUAGACCUUUGAAGUGAAUCUCAGUUGAAUGUCAGCUGUGCAGGAGAGCUUUUGAGUUUCUAUUGGAAAUAGUUGUCAAAUUAAAACGAUUAAUGCACAAUGGCACCAAUAGACUUCAUUGGAUGUUUUUUUUUAAAUGUUUUAUUCAGUUUGAUGGAUCUUAUCCUUCUUCAUACUUCCAGUUGAGUGUGUUCAUGUCAAAGUUUUUGCUGUAUGCAGUGUAGAUAAAAGAUUUUAA